AUGAAAUGUAGGUCCAUGAAGGAGGCUUUUGAGCUGGGUGGCGAUUUCCACAGCCGUACGGCGUACGGCAUGUACGAGUACAUUCAAGAGGCCGUGAAGAAUGGCGAGUGCUAUCUGGAGUGGGAGGGUCAGGGGGAGCCGGAUAAGCCCCUCGUGAAGGACAAGUACGCGUCGGAGCGGAGGAAGGCCAAGGUUCUCAACUUCUCUAUCGCGUACGGCAAGACCGCGCACGGGCUGGCCGUGGACUUCAAGACCACUAAGGAGGAAGCGCAGGAGACCGUGGAUAAGUGGUAUUCCGACCGGUGGGAGGAGUUCAAAGUCCGUACACUCCUGGGCCGUACUCGUCCGCUGCCCAACAUCAGCUCCCCGGAUUUCCGACUCAGUGGUCACAGCAACCGAGCCGCCAUCAACACACCUAUCCAGGGUUCCGCUGCUGACGUGGCGGCCGCAGCUAUGGUGGCUAUACACAAGUCAGAGGCGCUGAGGGCCACGGGAUUUAAACUGCUCAUGCAGAUUCACGACGAGGUCAUCCUUGAGGGUCCCCGGGAUCGAUCCGAGGACGCCAAGCGGCUGGUGAUGGAGCUCAUGGCCAACCCCUGGGCCGAGCUGUCUCGCCAUUGGAAUGCGCCCGGUGCCCAGGGCCUUAUGCAGGGCCCUGGCUGGUACCGCCUUCCGCCGGCGGGGGGGCACCUAGCGGGCGUGUGGCGCCACGACGGCGGCGGCGGCGGCGGGGGGCCUGAUGGUGAUGGUGACGAUCCUGCUGGUGGUGGUGAUGGUGAUGGUGGGUCUAAGGUGAUGCCGCUGUUGGUCGAAUUGGCCACCGAUUGCAACGUGGCCGAUACCUGUCACAGUCACAGUUAUAGCCACCAACUAAUUAGUACGAAUCGGGUUGAGGAGGUUUUUGUAGUAAUGCUGGUGAUGCUGCUAUUGGUGCAAAAAGUGCUGUUGGGUUGGUCAGCUUACGACAGCGGUGGUGGUGGAGCUGUGGUUAUGGAUAGCGGUGGUGGUGGUGGGCGGUGCGGUGCGGUAGUUGAGCUGUCAUCAGCCGCGACCGCGGGAGCUAAGUCAAAUGCAGCCUUGGCACCGGAAUCUCCGGAGCCCAGGACUGGUAGGCAGAAGGGUUGGCAUGGAAAACGGGACUCGGAGCAGCGAUGCCCAGACCAGCAGAGGGGCGCCUUACGCCAAGAAACGCAAGGCAAACCAGGUGGUGAUGAGGGUCUGUGUGACCUGAUGGCCACGGCUAAUGACAGCGAUUGGAGCAGCAGCACCACGAGCUGCCUUAAUAUUCCUCUGCCGCGGAGGCGACAGCUCUCCGGUGGCGCGGCUGGAAGCCGGAUUGGAGCCUGGGGGCAGCGCCCACCAGGGAGCAGCUCCGAAACCAAGGGGCGGCCGCGGGGCCGGCUGCAGCCGCUAGCCGGUGUCCUCCGAACGGUCGCCGCCUCGUCCACCCUGUUGGUGUUGCUGGCGGCGUCAAUGUUCUUGGGACCGCUGGGGCCCGCUUCCGCUGCGGCGGCGGCUGCUCCCGCGGCGGCAUUGGAGCCGUUGUCACCGCCAGGGUGUCCACGGGGGGGGGCGGCAACAGUCCCGCAGUCCGCAGUCCACCGCGUGCACCUCCGCCUGCAGACUCCUUUCCUCCUCCCUUUCCUUUCUCUUCUUGAAAUCUUCCUCCGCCGUCCUUUGGUCACCGCCUUCACCGUCCGCGCCAUUCGCGUGCGUCUGCUUUCUUCCCCCCACCCCGAUGGCAGGUCCCCCGCCUUCGCCGAGGGGAGCCCACCGCCGCCGCCACCACCUAGCCCACCGCCGCCGCCGCCACCUAGCCCACCGCCGCCACCGCCACCUAGCCCACCGCCGCCGCCGCCACCUAGCCCACCGCCGCCGCCGCCGCCGAUACCUCCAUCUCCGUCGCCACCAACCCCAGACACGCCCGCACCGCCAUCACCCCAACCGCCCUCCGUCCCGUACUCCAAAACACCCGCCGCCAGCCCGCCGCUGCCGCCGGCGACCUCCACGCAGGGCCCCCCUUCACAGUCGCCACACUCACAUGGAAUCCCCGGCGCCGUACAGGCGCCUCCCGUCUACCCUGACAUCCUCGUCGAGGCAGCUGGCGGCGAGGAGUGCAGGGCAAUGGCCGCCGUACAGGCCUUUGACGGCGUCUCCAUGCUGGUGGUGCAAUCCGGUGUGGCUUGUGACCCGUGGGUCGACGCCGGCCUGACGGCACUCGUGAACGGGCCGCUCGACUUCUUCGACGCCGUUUUCUGCGCGCGUUUCGCCAUCUCCGACGUAACGGUUACCAUCAUCGACGGCAGCUUGUUGUCGCAGCCGCCGCCACUGUCGCCAUCACGGAUCGGGAGCCCGCCGUCGCAGCCGUUAUUGAGGCGCAGUCCGCCGCCGGGGAGCAAAGCUCCGAAGUCGCCGCCCCGGCUGCCGCCGUCACCAAGGCCGCCGCCAGGUACUCCUAGGUUCCCGGCAUCUCCGCGAUUCCCUCGGCCGCCAGCGGUGCCGCGGCCGCCGCGACCAAGUCCUGUCCUGCCGCCGCCAUCCAAGCCUUCCCCUUCGCGGGUGUUCAAGGAGACCCCGGUACCCGCCAGUACACAGCCACCGCUGCCACCGCUGCUACCGCCGCCGCCACCCAGCCCAGACCCUCCAACACCACCGUCACCACCGCCGCCGCCGCCGCCGCCACCGCCGUCGCCCUCAGUGCAGUCGUCUCCUCCUCCCCCUCCUCUUCCCUCGCCUCCAAGCCCUUCGCCGCCACCUCCUCCCCCCCAUCUUCCGCACCCCUCCCCGACCCCUCCGCCUGUCCUUCCCCCUCCAACGUCGCCGCCCACCUACUCUCCAUCCCCACCCCCGUCAACUCCGUCUUCGCACUCGCUAACGCCACCCCCGGCGGUGCCGUCGAGUCCAACGUCGGAGGUUCGGGUGCUUCAGAGCCGCAGCAUCCGCGGCUCCUUCCUGCUCUACUCCGAAGGAACCGACUUCCUAGCAGACGAAUACCAGAAGCAAGAGUUCUCUCAGGCCGUGCAGGCGGACGGCGACCUACCCCCCGCUGUGUAUACCGGAGUGCUGCCCCCCUUUGUGAUUCAUUUGGAGCCCAUCGCCCAGCCAGAACCGCCGGGUGCCCCACGAUCUCCUGCAGCUAACUUUGCUCCGAAACCGCGGCCGCCACCGCCGCCAUCAACCUCGCCGCCGCCGCAAAAACAACAGGAGCACCCGCAUUCCCAACACGAACCGCCAACUGAUGAAACCGCUCUGUCGCCCCCCGACUUCGUACUGCCAAACUGGCCACCUGAUACACCUCUACAGCCGCCGGCGGUCCCCUGGACUCCUUCAUCGCCGCCGUUAGCGCAGCCGCCGCCAUCCGUACCCAGCUCACCGACGCCACCGCCGCCGACGCCGACACCGUCGCCGCGACCGCCACAGGGGCCUUCCCGGCCGCCUAAUGUACGGCCGCCGAAUCCACCGCGGCCCAUACGCUCGCCGCCGCCGCCGCGGCCGCCAUCACCGCUGCGGCCGCCAUCGCCGCCGCGGCCGCCAUCGCCGCCACCACCAUCUACCCCGCCCAGGAAUCCGCCCCCGCGCGUCCCCUCCGUGCCGCCUGUGGACUUGGCGCCGGCCUCCUGGCCGGUGUACGACAUUGCACCGACGGGGGUGCCGCUGAUGCCGCCAGGCUUGCCGACGUCAAUGGAUGCGCCACAAGCGCCGCCACCAGGACGGCCGCCGUCAGCGCCACCGCCGCCGUCGCCGCCACUUUAUCCGUCCAGCGGCGCGGGCCCUACUUCACCCCUACUGCCCUCCUCCCGCUCCCGGUACUUUACACUCACCUUCACGACCCUCCUGCCCUUGGUUUCGGACGACGGCUCCUCUGGAUCCAAAAUCCAAGCCUUUUCCGGAGAACUCACAACUGCCUUGGCAUCACUCUUUCGCGUCGCCGCCACUGGUGUACGGCUACUCUCCGUGUACGUCAUCAAAGUGCCGUCAUCGUCCCCGCCGCCAUCAUUGCCGCCGCCCUCAAUCGAGCCGGCGGUGGCGGCGGCGACGGCGGAUCCAUUCGAGGGCGCUGGACCCCAGACCCCCACUUACCCUGGAUCCGGUUCCGAUCGGGCUCCGAAACCAAUCACCCUUGACGGGUCGAGCCCGUACCCUAUGAGCCUCUUAGCUGAGUCAGCGUUGGCGGCUUUCGCUGGCGACCCGGCGGCCUUCACCGCGGCCGCCGCCGCCGCCGCCGCUGCCGCGCCAGCUGCCCAUCUGGAGGCGCAGUACAAAGUCGUCAUCAAUGCCGCUGUAGACCUAGCCAGCCCCGACGGCGACGGCGGCGGCAGCGCCACCGGCGCCGCCGCCGCCGCCGCCAGCCUCUUCACGGAUACGGCAACAGCCUUCGGAAGUGACUUCUUGGCGGCCUGGCAAGUGCUCAGCGUUGCGGCGGAAGAGACGACGGCACCGCCGACGUCACCGUUGGCAGCCGUCCCUGGAGUACCAGCAGACCCCAUGCCGUACACCGCACCGGCGGCCUUUUCUUCGCCGCUGCAACCGCCGCAACCACCAAGGCCCAAACCAAAUUCGGAAGUUGGUUCAGGAAGCGGUCCCCAGUCCCCGGGCCCUCAGGGCUUCAAUUCCUUCAUGACGCCGCCGGAAGUACGGCAGACCGACGGCAACCCACACCAGCCGCCUGGGGUUGCAACGAAUGCCCUACCUGUUUCACCCGGCGCUGCCGCCGCCGCCGCUACCGCCACCACUGCAAGCGCCCCGGGGAGCACGACCCCUAGGAGCUCUCCCGCUGCCGCCGUCAUCCCUGCCACUACCGCCGGCACCAUCGCCGCCACCGCAUCCCACGCAGUCCUUACCGGCCGAAGCCGUAGCAGCGGCGCCAUCAUCAUUGGCGGCACCGCCACAAGAUCAGUGCCGUACACGUACGGCCGCUCAACCAGUCUCCAACCGCAGGCCAUCCUCUCCGGCCGCAUCCUUGGCGACGGCGGCAGUUACGGCGGCGCUGACGUCGGUGCCGCCGCCGCCACUGCCGCCGCAGCACCAGCGGCAGCACCAGCGUCCAACCACGCGGCGGCCGCUUUGUCGGGAGGCCUGCGCAGCUCCCGCGGCCGUACAGGGCUCAGUGCUCGCAGCACGGGCCUGCCCGUCAACCUCACCAUUCAAUUCUCACCGGCCUUCUACACCGAGGAGGACAUGGGGCUGGGCCUGGAUGGGCCCGUUGAGUUGCCGCUGCCGCUGGCUCCGGACGCAGUCCCCGGAAGGAACUCCGCCCCACGGGGAGCCGCGAGGUGA